AUGAACAACCGAAACGUUUUGGAAGAGCUUGAUUCCGUCAUUUCACUGCCAACGCCCAUAGAGCCGACAAGAUCUAGGUUACCAACCAAACCCUCACAAGCAGCUGCCAGCUUCUUUUCCUUGCCGCUCUGUAUCCAGUCGGACACCAUGUUUAUGGGAGGGCCCCCACGUCGUCCUGAGAAGGCUGCUGCAUUGAAGCAGCUCAGGCAGCACCUUGCUGUGCUGGGGGUGUGGGUGGUGGCGAUCAGGCUCACACCAUAUGUGCUUCAUUUCCUCACCAAAGAGAAGGAGCAGCUUACCCUUGACUUGUAA